AUGGUCAAUGCCACCAGCUGGACCGUGUGCAACACAACCCUCGAAGACAGCUAUAUCACCGAAGACCCACUAUGGAAAGGCUUCACCUUCCACCACUUCGGCCUCUUCCUCAGCGCCAUCUUUGGCCUGAUCAGUGUCGUUGUGGCCCUCUUCCUGGUCUUCCAACACGCUACGCACUACAGCCGGCCAUGGGAACAACGACACAUAAUCCGCAUCCUGCUCAUGAUACCCAUCUACAGCACCGUCUCCUUCCUAUCCUACCUCUUCUACCGCAAAGCCGUCUACUUCCAGGUUCUAGGAAACUGUUACGAGGCCUUUGCUAUCGCUAGUUUCUUCACGCUGCUGUGCCAUUAUGUGGCGCCCUCACUACACGACCAGAAGGAUUACUUUAGGGGUCUGGUACCAGUUAAUUGGUUCUGGGGUGUUUUCGGUCUGCAGAAGUGCACGGGUGGGCAGAAUAGAGGGCCAUUUAGGAAGCCGAGGAGUGGAUUGACGUGGUUCAACAUAGUAUGGCUCGGCGUCUUCCAGUACUGCUUCAUUCGAGUGCUCUUCACGAUCGUCUCUGUCGUGACCGAGGAGACUGGACGCUACUGCGAGGCUUCGUUAUCACCGGCUUUUGCACAUGUCUGGGUGACAGCAUUCGAGGCAGCUUCGGUCACGAUUGCGAUGUUCUGCUUGAUUCAAUUCUACAUCCAGCUGCGACAAGACUUGGCAGAGCACAGACCAUUCUUGAAGGUGCUAUGUAUAAAGCUCGUCAUUUUCUUCUCGUUCUGGCAGACGAUCAUAAUCAGCCUACUAUCGUCAAGCAACGGCCCACUACAGCCAACAAAAAAGAUUGCAUACCAGGAUAUCAAGGUCGGCAUACCCAGCACGGCAUUGUGCAUCGAGAUGGCCAUCUUCUCCGUCAUGCACCUCUUCGCCUUUCCAUGGAAGGAGUACAGCUUGAAGCGUGAUGAUCCCUUGACAGUGAGCGGCUCUGGCUACAGCGGCGCAGCACCUCGGUAUCUUGGUGGCCCACUAGGGGUGAAAGCCUUCGUCGAUGCCUUCAAUGCCUAUGAUAUCAUCAAAGCAUCGGCAAGAGGAUUCAGAUGGCUAUUUGUGGGUUACAAGAAGCGAGAGCAAGAUGCGUCAUACCAGCCGAGUAAGCUCGAUGGCACGACUGGCUACUCCGGACCUACAUUCGCAGGUAGUGGCGACGCGGCGACUGAGCUGCGACCGAGUAAUGACGGGCGAGGUCAGAUGGGCACGGAGGAAGACGACAGAGCAGGUCUCUUGCGCCACUCAGCCACACUCGGCACAGCGCGCAUGCAAAGCUCAUCCCCAUACCGAACAGCCACAACAGACGACUACUCUUCCGGCGACGAAGCCCAAGGAAUCUCACGGCACGACCGCUCACAACCAGGCAUGGCCAGCUCAAACUCGAAAGCCUACGAAGCCCAGGAUUUCUCCUCCGGAGCGCCGCGGCCUUCGAGACUAGACGAGGAAGAUCCGGGGUAUCACCCAGGAAUCGGGCCUGCAGGCACACAUCCCGCAUACCGUGCCGACGACCAGGACGAUCCAGGGUGGAAUCACUGGGCGGGUGCACAAGGUGGUGGCGGUGCGGGGAGAGGAGGCGGUAGUGAUCAGGAUAGCGUGCGACCGCCUACUUAUAGGACAAAUGAUCCGCGGCAGAGGUAG